UAUCGAGACUUCGAAGCUUUGUGUGGUUAUCAAACUUGUUCCCAAAAUUAUAAACAAAGAAAUCGGAAAUUUCAGACUGCCUGCUGUAUAUAUGCAAACGACAAACGAACAGAUCGCCAGUUAUACGGUCGAGUCGCUGUGGUUCACUUGUAACAAGUGUGGCUCUCAAAAUGUGGAACCACCCAAGCCAGCGCUGGCUCAUCUUGAUCUGCGUGAUAUGUUUACUGUCUUUUGCGCUGGCCAAUUCGCUUCACGGCUAUGCUAAUGCUGAAGGUCAUCCAGUGGAAAUUUCGGCCACAUUGCCAGGCCAGCUGAAGUUUGUGCAUGUCAUAUAUCGCCACGGCGACAGAACGCCUGUGGAUCCCUAUCCCACGGACCCCUGGGGCGACAGGAAGUUCUGGCCCACCGGCUGGGGAGAUUUGACCAAUUUGGGCAAGCAAGAGCACUACGACUUGGGAAAAUGGCUGCGGAAUCGCUAUUCAAACCUCCUUCCGCCUCUAUACUCCAACGAGAACAUCUACGUUCAGUCCACCGACGUGGAUCGCACAUUGAUGAGUGCCCAGUCGAAUCUGGCUGGUCUCUACGAGCCGCAAGGGGAAGACAUCUGGAACACAGACAUCAACUGGCAACCCAUACCCAUUCACACCUCGCCCGAGAGGGUGGAUCCCAUACUGGCCGCUAAGGCACCUUGUCCUGCCUAUGACUAUGAGCUGGCUAGCCUGGAAUCAUCGCCAGAAUUCAAGGCCUUGACCGAAAAACACCGAAAUCUUUUUGCCUAUUUGAGCGAAAAAGGCGGACGCCCCGUGAAGACCUUCAUUGAUGCCCAGUAUUUGAAUAACACCUUGUUCAUUGAGAAUCUGUACAACAUGACACUGCCGGAGUGGACCAAAAAGGUAUUCGGGAGAGAGGAGCUCACGUAUGUAGCGAAUUUCGCCUUCGCCAUUAGCUCUUAUACGCGAAAGCUGGCGAGACUAAAGGCGGGGCCUUUGCUGAAGGACAUAUUCCAGCGGUUUAAAGAGAAAUCCUCCGGGAGCCUAAAGCCAGAUCGUUCGAUGUGGGUCUACAGUGCUCAUGACACCACGGUAGCCAGCGUUUUAAAUGCGUUGAAAUUGUUUGAGCUCCACAGUCCGCCCUACACGGCGUGCAUCAUGAUGGAGCUGCGUGUGGAUGAGACCAACACCCCGUUGGUGUCUAUUUUCUACAAGAACACCACAGCUGAACCCCUGCCUCUGGACAUACCUGGUUGUGGGCCUUCCUGCCCGCUGGCCAAACUUGUGAACAUCUACGAGGACGUUCUGCCCGUAGACUGGGAACGCGAGUGUAAGUUAUCCACGAUGAUGAUGACUUAUGAGGAAGCCAAUCUUGGAACUGCGACGGGCAUUCUCAUAUUAAUCGUAAUUGCGCUGCUGUUCGCCAGCUAUGGCCUCAUGAUCUACUACCGACGUCGCAACUACAAGCUGUAUACCUCGUACUCUCAAAUGGCUUAGCGGGAUUCCCAUGCCAUGCAGUGGAAGGACCUACUUAAAUCCGAAUUAAGAGCCUUGCCCGCUCUCUAGAUGCCAACGUGAUUUGCCUUUCUUAGUGUUUCCUAUGUUGAUUUUGAGUGGAAGUCAUUGGAGUCUCAGGCGACAGUUGUUGUUAUUCGUGGUUACUACUUAGUUAAGCCGUGCAUUUCACACAAAGUCUGUUUGUAUUGAUUAGUUUUGUUAGUUUAAGUUUGUGCAUUUGAAAUGGAAAAACACAAGUUCGAUAGCAUUUAAAUGGAGUAAUAACUGCUUUUGUUGUUAUUCAGUGAAAGAUAUGGAAUACAAAGACUGUGAAUAGCGAUCUUGAAGUUGCAUACAUAUAUACAUAACAUAUUUAUACACAUAUACAUUUUUAUGAAAUUAUCAUGGAUGAUAAAUUUAUUGUAUUAAAAUCGCUCAAAUCAAAGA